AUAAGGAUAUUCCAAGUUCAAAUUACACCUAAAAUAAGUUUAGAUUCAAAGUUGUAAGAAAUUGCAACAACCAGUUUGGAUCUAAUUUUUGGAACGGAAUUGCACCUUUCUUUAAUCCACUUUAAUGGUUAACUAUCAUCUUGCAAUAAUAAUCCAAAUGGUUCCAACUUCCAAAUCGGUCCAAUUCUAGACAUAAUCUCCCUUAGUUUAAGUACAUACUAAUAUACAAUCAUAAUUAAUAUACCAUUUACAGUUUUACACGGCCACCAUCAACUAAUAUACCAUUUCGCAUCAAACAUAAGAAUUUUUUGUGUCAAAAAAAAAAAAAACAUAAGAAUUUUUACCUUUUACUCAUAGGUUACCACAAUUGGCAAAAAGGGGAAAAAAAAAACUUUUUCUGAUCUACUUCUAAUUUGGUUGGGUUUUUUUCACUUAAAGUACAUAUUGUCGUAUAAUACAAUCAUAAUAGAUUUACUUCUUCCGUUGACUAAAAAACAUUUAAUCUCAUCAUUUGACCAUUUAUUAGCAUAAUUAUUCCCCAAAAAAAACCAUCUUUCUCUCUCUAAAGUCUAAAACCAUGUUAAAAUUAUCAAACAUGUCAAUUUCUAAUAAUCUUCCAUCAUCAAAAACUACAUUCAUCAUUACAUGUUUUACUCUAAUUUCUUCUAUUCUUUUUAUACUUAAUUACCAAUCAACUUCUACUAAUGAAUUAUUGUCAACUGCAUCAACGUUGACUUUCCAAAUUUUCAACUUUUCCAAUCCUGUUUCUCACGAUCCACCUUCAAGUAACAAAAAUACUUGUGACAUUUUUGAUGGAAGAUGGGUUUUUGAUGAUUCAUACCCGAUUUAUGCACCCGGGUCGUGUUCGUAUGUCGAAAACGAGUUCAAUUGCUUUAGAAAUGGUCGCCCUGAUUUUGGUUAUUUGAAGUAUAGAUGGCAACCUUAUGGUUGUGACAUUCCAAGGUUUGAUGCAAAGAAGAUGAUGGAGAUGUUAAGAGGAAAGAGAUUAGUGUUUGUGGGAGAUUCACUAAACAGGAAUAUGUGUCAAUCUUUGGUUUGUUCUUUGAGGAUGUUUCAAGGACAAACCUUUAGAAACAAAUUAAAUUAUAACUAUUAUUUCAAGGAUUAUAAUUGCAGCAUAACACUAAUCACAUCACCAUUCCUAGUCCAACAACGUCAUCUUCCAAAGAAAAACGAAAAAUUGAGGCUAGAUAUUCUGGAUGGUAUGAUCUACAAACACCGUGAUGCUGAUUUUCUCAUCUUCAACACUGGACAUUGGUGGAAUCAUAACAAGUCUAGAAAUGGGGAGAAUUAUUUCCAAGAGGGUGAUAUUAUACACGAAAAAAUGGAUGUUGGAGUAGCAUACGCCAAGGCAUUAAAAACAUGGGCUAAUUGGGUUGACAAUAAUGUCAACACUAGCAAAACUAAAGUCUUUUUUAGAGGCUUUGCUCAAACUCAUUUCAUGGGAGGUGAUUGGGAUACUGAUGGAGUCUGUCACAAUGAAACAGAACCAAUAACAGACGAAAAAUUGUUAAAACCAUAUCCAUUUUUGAUGCAAGCUCUAGAGAAAGUAAUCUCAGAGAUGAAGACACCAGUAACAUAUCUCAACAUUACCAAAUUGACUGAUUAUAGGAAAGAUGGGCACCCGUCUAUGUACAGACACCGGGGAAGAAAAAAGCCGAGAGCGAUUCAGGAUUGCAGCCACUGGUGCCUCCCUGGAGUUCCUGACUCUUGGAAUGAACUUCUGUUUUCAUCUUUGUUAUUUUCUUCUGAAGGGUUUAACAGAACAACUUACUAGUUUGUCCUGUUUUUUCUUUGGCCUUUUUGUAUUGGUACAGUUUAACCACAUAAACAAAUGUUUGAGAAACGUGAGGAGAGUUUCUUAAUGUUACUUUCGACUUAUUUUUUUAAUAACGUA